UGUAUACUAAUUAAGUAAAAUGUGAAAUAGUGAAGCAUGAUACAAGUAUUUAUGAAAAGGUAGUUGUAAAUAAUAUCUAGUAUUUACUGGAAGUUUCGUGCACAAAUAUUUUAGUCAUGCACCUUCGUUCAGAUAUUAAGAAACAUGCAUCGUAAUCAAGUCAGGUUGACCUAGUGACUCUGUAUUGUCAUAAAAUACUUGAAUGUUUAUCAAUGUCCUUCCCCUUCAACCAUUAUGUAACCAUCGCAUGAAAUAUGUCGCCUAAAGUAUUUCAUUUAACACUGCACCUGCUAAUUUGAACAUGUUACUGCAUAUAAUUUCGGACACCUGUGUAGCACAUGAUCUGAUCUAUUUCAUAUUACAUCGACGCUUAAAAUAUUAAAAUCUUAAACAUUAUAUAUACAUGAGACGAUCAUAAAUGGUUAACUACUUAACACAUAAAAAUAGACAUGCAAAAAAAGUAAUCGUUAUAAAUAUUUAAGACAUAAAAAUAAACAUGUUAAGUUAAGAUUUUAAUUUUAUUUUCAAGACAUUAUGUCUUUCUAAUAAUGAUGUAUAAGAAUGGAUAAAACACUUAAAUAUCUUUCAUUUGUAGUAUUCUUUUUUGCUGUUAUUUGCUUUGCUGUUGUUCCGAACAUUCUUCGUUUAAUGGAAACCACUUCAAAAAACAAUAAAAUUUGUCUUCCGGCUGCAAAUGGAAGGAUACAAUGUGGAGCAAAUUUGUAUGAUUUACGUGAUUACUUAAACAAUAGCAUUGCAAAUACAUACGUUAAAGUGAUGAAAGAAGAUAGAGACCAUCAACAGAAGUACCUAGAAGACAACAAAGUUCGUUUGAUGAGCGUUUCAGAUCAAUUUUUCUGGGAAGCAAAGCCAUCAGCCAGUUUAAAAGGGAAAGAACAACCUGACACAAUAACAGAUAUAAAAGUGGCUGAAAUGACAGCUAUUACGGAAUGGAUGUACGAUAAAAAUCCUCUUAGCACUAGCAGUUUUUUAAGGAACGGAGUACGCUAUAGGAAGGGUCGCCUUGUUGUACCAGUUGAUGGCACAUACUAUCUGUAUUCAUUUAUUGAUUUAUUUGAACCUUGUGAUCAGUCAACUGGAAAACCAAACAUUGAAGACUUGAGGAAACCUAUAAAGCAUGCUCUGUUUAAAUUCAAUAUAGAUACAGCAGAAUCGGAGAUAACUUCAAACAUUCAACCUCAUCAUAUCUCAAAGAACAAAUUUUAUAAUUCGUACAGUAGCUAUGUAUCUAUUAUUGUAAGUCUGAAAGCAGGUGAUGAAAUUUCAGUUAAAGUUAGUUAUAUAAGGUACCUGAAAUACACAAAAGAUAACUCUUUUGGACUUUACCUGAUAUGAAUUCAGAGAUCCAUGUCGCAAAAUGUGCUUAAGAUUGUGCCCCUGUGAAACAGUUACUAAAUUUCUGAUUAUCAGCUAGUGUAAGUGCGAGACAAUAUAGUAGUUUUUCUCGUAGGCAUGUAACCGGAGAUUAAAAAUCCUAUUUUAAAUAAUUAUAAUUUAUUUAAGUUACUGUUUUGCUAAGUAACAAUGUUUUAUUCCAUGUAUUUUUUAUACUUAUCAUCCAUUUUCUUAGAGAAACGUAAACACACUUUACUUUCAAGAUAUCCGUUUUAAUUGCAUUUUAGACAGUUUCUGGUACGUUACUAUGACCGGCUUUAGCUAAAUUUUUGACGGAAUUAUGUAGUCUGAUUUUUGUGUAUUUUCUCCGUUAUAAGUUAUAACGGUAUAAACUUGUUUAUGAGGCCAUCAUAAUUGUAACAAAGUGUUUGAUAUCUAUAUUUAUUUUUUCAUAGGUCUAAGAGUCUAUGUUUAAUUUCUAGCGUUUUUGGUAAUUCAGCCAGCCAAUAUUUAUCGGUCGGACCAACCAUUCUUUGGUUCCAAUCUCAACCAUUUUGGUAAACCAGCCACUUUAAACAUUUUAUUAUAGUUGGGCUAUAUUUUGGGUAUAAAAAGGCCCAGAUGUUUGGUUGAACUGCAGAGUCUUGAUUAGAACUACAGGGAGAAAAACCUGUUUCGUUAAUUUCCAAGUUUGGGCGGAAAAUUGAUAAAAGUUGUAUGCUGCAUUACGUAUAAAAGGAACGCUUCGUGAUAAAUUACGAUUAUUUUUUGGAAUAAACAGUACUGAGCUA